UAAUGCUGCCCUUAGCGCUUGUCAGAAGCCGGUGAUCGCAUAGUAUCGAAUAUGUUGUAGCAGGUUGUCGUGUGCUAUAACGCUGUAAGUAAAGUGCAUUAGUCAUCGGUCGCAUAACCGUAUUCGAACUGGAAUUAUUAGUGUCGGUUAUCGGUCAGUUAUCGAUCAAGCCCUCCGCCCUGCACCUCUCAUUGAAAGGACACCGCUCUGGAUUGUUUGGGUCUACAGAUGUUUAGUCCAUUAUAAUGCAAGAUGCAUGCUGAUGCUCGGAAGAGGCUGCUCGACUGCGUGUUAUUCAUCACUUUAAUCGCCUCCACCUACUAAAAAUAACCGUAAACAGCUGAAAAUCGUUGAUUAUUUUGGGGUGAAAAAUGACAGAAUAUAAGCUUGUGGUCGUGGGAGCUGGAGGCGUAGGCAAAAGCGCUCUAACCAUCCAACUCAUCCAGAACCACUUUGUGGAUGAAUAUGACCCAACUAUAGAGGACUCGUACAGGAAGCAGGUGGUGAUUGACGGAGAGACGUGUCUACUGGACAUCCUGGACACUGCAGGUCAGGAGGAGUACAGUGCCAUGAGGGACCAGUACAUGAGGACGGGAGAGGGCUUCCUCUGUGUCUUUGCCAUCAAUAACACCAAGUCCUUCGAGGACAUUCACCACUACAGGGAGCAGAUAAAGCGAGUAAAGGACUCUGAGGAUGUCCCCAUGGUUCUGGUGGGGAAUAAGUGUGAUCUUCCGUCCCACAUUGUGGACUCCAAGCAGGCUCAGGAUUUAGCACGCAGCUAUGGCAUCCCAUUUAUAGAGACCUCAGCAAAGACAAGACAGGGUGUGGACGACGCAUUUUAUACUUUAGUCCGAGAAAUCCGGAAACACAAGGAGAAGAUGAGCAAGGAGGGCAAAAAGAAAAAGAAGAAAUCCAAAACAAAAUGUGCAUUAAUGUGAACAAGUCUUUCCUGUCAUUACGGACUCAGAAGUUCCACAACUGCAUUUUGUACAUUUACACUAAAUUAUUAGCCUCCAAUACAGAAUGGAUCCCUGUUCUAUUUGCUUUCUUAAAAGAAAAUAAGCUUUACUUCUCGUUCGGUGCCAGUUGCCCCAAAGUGUUGGUCCGUUGACGCCUUGCUUUAUGGCUUAUGUUAGCAGACGGGCUGUCAGAACUGGGUAUAUUUUGCAGUUGGUUUGAGUAGUUUUUGCAGAUUUCGAAAGAGAAGUGUGGAUUUAAAGUGGUGUGCAGAGAUUAGCUGUUUAGACUGAAAUUUGCAUGUGAGUCACUUGAUUUUUGACGGAAUUGAAACUUUAAGGAACUAUUAUUUUGUUUUUAAUGGACCAACACUUUUUUGGGGAGAUGAUUUGAUACAUUAUCACUGUGUAUGACCCUGCCUUUGGUUGUCCCGGACUUCCAAAAACGACAUGCAUGUGAACUUCCAUUGUAGUCGGAUUAACAUGCCCUCUCUAUAAAGCCAUGGUAGUGUGUGUGUGUAUAUGGUGAAAUCUUAACCAUGUUAACAUUAUUUUCCUGUUUGCAUGCUUUGUUCUUUAAACUUCCAGGGAACGGUCAUGCGUUGAAUACUGUAUAAUAGCCACUGUUGUUUAGAGAAGAUUUUUUUAGUUAGUCCAAACAGGUGCUAUUGUUUCAACAUGGCUUUUUUCUCUCUAUUUAAAUUCAUGAAGCUUGUUUGGAAGCUUUUUUCCACCAAUGUAUUAUUCUUUCUUAAAAAAAAACAUAACAAAUUAUUACAAUUGUGAAUAUCUUGCAAUUUCGAGGACGCGUCUCAUGGUUAAUAUUUGUAAUUGAGUUACAAAGUCUGUUAACUCGGUUAGGAUUGUAAGAAGUAAAGUCUAAAUUGUGAGUUGCAUCAAAGUCCCUUUAAUGGGAUGGUUCACCCGAAAAAUGAAAAUGUAUUCAUUACUUAUUCUCACUCAAGUGCUUUCAAACCAUUAUGGGGUUCUUUCUUUCGUUGAACACCAAGUUACUUUGACAAAUGUUAGAAACCUGUAACCAUUUACUUCCACAGUACUUGUUUAACAGGAAAGAAACUCAAACAGGUUUGUGACAAGUGAAUGAGGUGUAAAUGAUUUUCAUUUUUGGGGUAACCACCUCUUGAAGGCAAGUCCUUUCACUCGGCGACCGUCUUUGAAACUCCUUUAAUGCUGUGUUCACACCAGAUGCCAAACACGCAAAUAAGUCCCGCUAUUCACGCGUAAAUAGACCUGUGAACAUUUAGUUUACACUCUUUAUUCGCACGUUAAAUUCAUUUCACAGUAGACGUGGAUUCGAAUCUUGGGCAGGGCUUUUGUCUGGCCGGUGACUUUAGCUUCAUUGCUAAAUGACUAACAUGGAUUUUAUAGAGAGUAGCUGUGUGCUUUAGGAAGGCUAAAAACAGCGUAUAUUCGUCCACUAGAUCCUUUCAGAGGUGCACCCAGCUCUGUGAGUUCAACUUCUCCAGAAACUAUACCUGGAUGAUGGAGGCUUUCAGCAGUACCUCCCACUGAAUCGAGCCCAGUUUGAUGAACUGUUGUCCGGUGUCGGCGAGUAUUUCCUCUCGGGACAUGGUCAAAAUCAUUCCCCUAAAAAAGAAAGCAAUCUGAUUGGUUAAUGCGAUGUGAAUGUCAGCGGAAGUUCAGAGUUUUGAUUUGUACGAUACGCAAAUAGACUUCAUUUGUGCAAAUCGUGUCAUUCGUGCCGCCUCACUCGCGUGUAUUGCGCCGCAGGUUGUCUUUCGCUUCUUUGCAUUGACUUAACAUGUAUAUCACUGAUGGUCGACGCUUCAUCUGCGUCUGGUGUGAACGCAGCAUUAGUGAAUGCAGUCAUGCAAGUGUACAUUCUAUCCCACUGAAUGGGGAAACAUCCAAUUUUUCGGAACAGUUGGCCAAGCUUCCGAUUUAAAUUUCAUAUUUGGAAUCAACAAUGACAUUUAACACAAACUCUCUUGUAAUUUUAGCUUUUAAACAUUGUCAAAGAAAAAGUAUUUUUCCUCAUUCCUCUUGCUAAUGCGCAAUGCCAAUUCGUAACUUUUGAUUUAGUGGCUAAUUCAUAUGAAUUUGUAUGACUUCUUCCGUACAUUUUAGUACCAUUUACUCAUCCUCCAAUGAUUUAGAGGUGGGUUUGGUGUCAUGCCUCUUUUUAAAAAUCAUACAUUUUCGUACAACUGAACUUUUCGUAUGAAUUAGCCACUAAACUGACAAAACAUUAAAUAGUUUCUUUUCCUCAUGCACUCAGGUUGGCGUACACACUCAAACGUAACAUUCAGAACACCACCAUCCUUUACGGCCAUUUGUGGAGGACAUGAUCAGACGUCAUUCUGUCAGUCAAACUAUGUAACUUCCAUCCUCUUUAUCAUGCAUCUUCUGCGCUGGUAUUCUGAGGUAAUUUCCAACUUACUUCUGACUGCAAAUCUCCUCCCAAAAUUAUGGCAACCUCUGUUUACAAGUAUGUGAGUGUUCAAGUGGUUGCUGUCGUGUGAUUUGCAUUUGAAUGCUGGAGGCAGGAAAUAAUUUAAGAUGACUGUUUAUGAGGCAAGAUUCUAGUGUUCGCUGACCCCAGUGCAUUCAAAAUGAAGCUGCAGAAACUGUCGUGUAAACCCGUGUCUGGACUGUCUAUUGCAUGGGUCUCAAACUCAAUUCCUGGAGGGCCGCAGCUCUGCAGUUUUGCUCCAACCCUAAUCAAAACACAGCUGAUCCAAAUAAUUGAGGGCUGCAUCCAAAAUAAUACUUCCAUACUAUAUAGUUCGCUAAAAACAGUACGUGAGCAGAGUAGUAAGUCCGAAUUCAAAAAUCAGUAUGUAAGAAAUGAUGACCUACUACUUCCGGCGAGAUUCUGAAGUGUGCACGCUAUGCUAUCCCAUGAAGCACCGAGAGGGAAUUCAUAAAUGGGAGUGAAGCGACGCAACUGAAGCUGCGGUCACACAGCACUUUUCUCCCUAUAGACUUUUAUUCAUACACAUGCGAAUGUGUCACACUGGAAACGAAAGCUCUUGCGACAAGUUUUGCAGUUCGCUGCAUCGGAAAGUUCAAGCUUUGUGAAAUCUGACCUGAAAAAUGGCAUCACAUGAUUGCGUGAGACCAAUUGAAGAUCAAAAUAUGGCCUCUCUGGACAGGAAUUUAAAACAUGGACCAAUCGCUCACUUUUUUUAAAUGUCUAAAAAUCUAGUUUAAUCCCACCCCUUUUUGCAGCACCGUGCGACAUAAUUUCGCAAGCUCAAACUCUAGUGUGACCGCAGCUUCACGCGGUAUGGCUCAAGUGAACAUGACAAGAUGGCAGCUGUAGUACAUAUGAGUCCAAUUCAUAUACUCUCAUUCAUACUGUAUAGAACGGGCUUUUCUAACGGCAGAGUAGUACGCUUAAAUUCAAAUGCAGUACCUCCUGAGUAGUAGGCGUAUUUGGACACAGCCCUGGUGUUCAAAAGAGUCUCGAACGCCUUCUUUAGUUGGAUCAGCUGUGAUUAGGAUUGGAUCAAAACUGUGCAGAGCUGCUGCCCUCCAGGAAUCGAGUUUGAGAUCCAUGGUCAAUAGUGAUUAAUUGAUUGAUUGGCUCUUUUACUAGAAGGCGGAGCUUCCUUUACUAGCGUGUCCAUAUUGACUGAUGCGUUUUUUCUUAUUCCAAACUAUACAACUGACACGUCUUUUGGCCGCAUCUAGCAUUUCUGAGAGAAAAAAAAACUAUUUAUGGAUAUAAACUUGGAAUAGUCCUAAAAGACUCAAAGAUGUUUGAGGCUUGCGAGGAAUGCGGAAAAUCUGAAUCGUCAGAAUUAGUUGUUUUUAUUUUUGUUCCUAUUCUGUUUUGGAAUAGCAGCUAGGUUUAAUUUUCUAUUUUUGUAAUAAGAAUAAACAAUUUCACCUUUUGGUUGGUUAAGAGAACAUUUGCCAACAUCUCUGGCUAAAAACAACAGUAAUUUUAACGUUGAGAUACUGUAUAAAGAAGUGAUUAGGAUAUUUGCACAAAUACAUUGUGUAUUUAGAGAGAAGUCAAAAAACUAAAUGAUAAAGCUGCAGUUGACCACUCAGAAUUAAGUAUUCAAGAAAUAAUACGGUUGCAAGACUUUCUUCCUGAAAGGGUCUACACUAGUGAAAGCCUCACUUCUGCAUUCAGAGGUAUGAAUAUUUACCCUCUUGUGCCCAGCCAAACAGCGCCUUAGAAGUCUGAAUAAAUGCUUUGAUUUAUUUUCUUUGCUAAAUUUUGAUUCGCGAGUAUAACCUACAACUAGUUAUUGUGAGUUUAAAAUGUAUCUUCAUAAAAUGGAAUAAAACAAAUGCCUUGUUUAUGCUGCCAUCGCCUAUCAAGUCAUUACUCUGCCAGUCCAAUCAGAGCUUUCCUUUUGAACAUUUAAAUUCCCAAGUGGCUGUCGGAGUCUAGUAUACUACACUUUCAGAAAUAAAGGUAUGCAAUCUGUCACUGGGGUGGUACCUUUUCGAAAGGUACAAAUUUGUACCUUAAAGGUCCAUAUUAAUACCUCAAGGGUACAAAUUAGUACCUAAAAAGUACAAAAGUGUUUCCCCUAAAAUUUGUAGGUAUUAAUAUAUAUGUUCAAGGUACCAAUAUGGACCCUUCAAGUACAAAUGUGUACCUUUUGAAAAGGUACCACCACAGUGACAGCUCGCGUACCUUUAUUUCUAAGAGUGUAUGGUAAAACGUGGCUAGAACUAGCUUUCAGGUCUGGAGGGCAAAUUUUCAGCUAUCACUCGAACCAAAGAGAGUGAUAUAAAGAUUUUUAUUUUGCGUGGCAAUACUUGUGAUGUCAUGAGAUGAUGUCAUGUGUACAACAAGCAGAAUGUUGCUUUAAAACACCUUCGGUGAGCGGUUUUACCAUGGUGGUUUUGUUUUCUGAUAAUUACUUUCAUGCAAUUUGACUAUUACUAAGGAUCGAAAUGAGAAAUAAAUCAGGAUGUCUGCUCUUAUGCAAAGUUCAAAGUGUUUUUUUUUUUUGUGUGUGUGUGUGAUUUUUUUUCAGUUCCCUUUAAAUCAAGCAGUCUGUAAUGGAAGUAGCAAAGUCACUAGGUGUUUUUUUUUUUUUUUUUGACUUGCUUUUGAAAUGUUUUCUGUUUGUGUGCCAAUUGCAAAUGUUGAUAAAAUGGUUCACAUCUAUAUGGACCUUGUUUUAACAACCUUUGUAUGGUUGUGAUAAAGAUAUUUUGUAAAUUGUGCUUUUGGUUUAAUGAACUGAACGACGCUUAUUUGGAAUUAAGGGUCACAUGUCUAUGUGAAAGUGCUGAUGUGAGGUCAUCUUUUGCCUUUUAUGUUUUGGUGAAUGUGGUUUUAUUAGGAUUGAAAAGCUGUUCUCAGAUCUGCAGUUUUAUAAAUGCAACCCAGACCUGUUUUCCCCCAUUAAUCUCACCAGUCUUAUUUAAUGUGUAAUUAAAAAGAAGAACUUAAAACCCAA